AUGUCAGGGAGCGCGGGCUACGACCGGCACAUCACUAUCUUCUCAGACCAAGGCCGUUUAUAUCAAGUUGAAUAUGCCUUCAAGGCCAUCACCGCAGCCAACAUCACAUCAGUGGGAGUACGUGGAAAGAAUUGCGCUGUAGUCCUGUCUCAAAAGAAAGUACCGGACAAAUUAAUCGAUCCCUCCUCUGUCUCCCAUGUCUUCAGACUUUCGCCCUCGGUCGGAUGCGUGAUGACAGGCUCAAUAGCAGAUGCUCGUGCUUCGGUUGAUCGAGCUAGAGGAGAGGCGGCGGAGUUUCGAUACAAAAACGGUUACGAGAUGCCUUGUGACGUGCUGGCCAAACGGUUGGCAAACAUCAACCAAGUCUAUACACAACGGGCAUACAUGCGACCUCUGGGUGUGGCAACGACGCUGAUUUCGGUCGACGAGGAAUUCGGCCCCCAACUCUACAAGUGUGAUCCUGCUGGGUACUAUGUCGGAUACAAAGCAACGGCAUCUGGACCCAAACAGCAAGAGGCCCUGAAUCAUCUGGAGAAGAAGCUGAAAAACAAGGACUGUGCACCCGGCGGCUGGGAGGAAGUGGUGGAACUUGGAAUCAGCACUCUCAGCACUGUUCUCAGCGUCGACUUCAAGAAAGGCGAAUUAGAGAUUGGCAUUGUUGGUGGGCCAAAGACAGACGGGAGUGAAGGUACGGACAGGGGGUUCAGGACACUGACAGAGGACGAGAUCGAGGAGCGACUACAAGCCAUCGCGGAGCGGGAUUGA